UCUGACGCUGAUUCAUUUGCCGCCGCUACUCAUACCCACAGACGAUACCAAACCCUUUUCCCCAUUCUUUCUUCUUUAUUUUACACCUACGCUGUUCCGCCGGUCGCCCAUAUCUCCGAUUUGUUUCACCCUUCUGCAUUCAUUUCCUUCUUCGUGGUGAAGUAUAUUUCUUUGCCCUCUUCCUUUCCCAUCUUCUUCUGCCUCCAGCUGCUGAUCCCGCCGGUGGUUGCCUUCGGCCGGCAAAAAACUAAAAUAGAAGUAAAAGUAAAAAAAUUGGCGUUUUGCUUUUCUUGGUGGCAGAUUCAGAUAAAUUCAUCUUGACGACAUUAGAAGCAUUAGCAUAUUGAGGAGUCAGAUGCAGACCAAUCACAGCUCGUUACCAUGCACGAAGCUUGCUUUGUUCGCAUUCUCGGCAGUGUUAAUACAAACAAUUGGCGUUUCGGUUUUCUUGGUGGGAUUCUUCCCCGUGACGCCAACGCUCUCGGGCAUGAGCGGUUUGGAGAGCUUUUAUCCCCCGGGCUUUGAUUUGACUGGAUUAGGUCAAAACAUUUCAACAUUGAGUCCUCAAGAGCUCAAAUCUUCAUACCAGGAACUCUCAGGUGUUCCUCCACUAUAUGAUAGGUUGAUAUUCAUGGUUGUCGAUGGUCUUCCAGCUGAACUUGUUCUUGGGAAGAAUGGGAAGCCUCCUGCAAAGACUUUUAGGGCUGCUAUGCCUUAUACCCAAUCAUUAUUGGCUGAAGGUUUGGCAAUUGGGUAUCAUGCUAAGGCGGCACCGCCAACUGUGACAAUGCCUCGCUUAAAGGCCAUGGUUUCUGGGGCUAUUGGGGGAUUUCUUGAUGUUGCUUUUAAUUUCAACACGCAAGCCUUUUUGGAUGAUAACCUUGUUGCUCAAUUUUUCAAAAUUGGCUGGAAAAUGGUGAUGCUUGGUGAUGAAACAUGGCUUAAGUUGUUUCCGGACAUGUUUGCCAGACAUGAUGGAGUUAGCAGCUUCUUUGUUAAAGAUACCAUCCAAGUGGAUUUCAAUGUUUCUAGACAUUUGGAAAUGGAGCUUAGCAAUACUGAUUGGGAUCUUCUGAUUCUUCAUUAUCUUGGAUUGGAUCAUGUUGGACAUAUUGGUGGACGAAACAGCAUCUUGAUGGGCCCAAAACUCAUGGAGAUGGAUGAAGUGAUUAGAAGGAUUCAUUCAACUAUAACAAAUGAAGUUGAUCAAAGGACGCUUUUGAUGGUAGUUAGUGAUCAUGGCAUGACUGAAGGUGGUAAUCAUGGCGGCUCUUCCUAUGAGGAAACAGAUUCUUUGGCUCUUUUUGUCAGUGCAGAGAAAUUUGCUGACUGCAGAAAUAGUGAAGAAGCUUAUCAGGUGGAUAUUACUCCGACACUUUCUCUCCUAUUUGGCGUGCCAAUUCCCAAAAACAACAUUGGCAUGGUGAUGUCAGAAGUUUUUUCAUCUCUAGAAGAUGGACAGCUGCUGAGGAUACUGGAGCUGAAUUCUUGGCAACUGCUAUUGCUGCUUCGGACACAACUGGAUGAAUUUGAAUGUGGGAGAUCCUCAUGUGAACCUGGAAGUGGAGCACGAAAAAGUGACGGUGGUGCGGAAAUAUUUUGUUGCUUGUAUCUAGAUGCUGCCACUGUUCAUGAAUCCUGGAAGUCAAAGAAUUCCUCGAGAUCUUCUGAUGGAGACCAUUUCAAGAGCACGGUUUCAGCAUACCAAAAUUUCCUUAGGCCUGCCAGCCAGUGGUUAUCAAGCAGAUCAACUAAUAAACCCAUUGCGAUGCUUCUAUUUGGAAUUGUCGCAAUGUUUGUGUCCUGUUUGGGGCUAAUAUACCUCCUUUCCUUCCUCGCGCAAGAAGUUCACUUAAUGGAAAGUCGUCACCUCUCUCAUAACAACAACAGCACUAUGCAGUGGCAUAUGGAGGAUAUCUUUUGCGUGGCUGUAAUAAUAAUCCUUGUUUUAAGUAUGGCUUCAACUUCUAUGAUUGAGGAAGAACAAUACAUUUGGCAUUUUAUGACGUCUUCAUUGUAUUUCAUACUACUCAGAAAAACAAUAUGUUCCAUUGCAAAUGGUGGUGCACUCAACUCGACUGUGGAACAAACGGAUAGAAGAUCUCGUUAUGUAUAUUUGAUCGUUGCAGUUCUCAUAUCUGGCAGGGUACUUAGAGGCUGGCAUCAAGGUGGUGUCAACUGGACUUAUCUUCCUGAUAUUUCAAAAUUGCUCGAGCAGGCAGGACCUACCCUUACAAAGUCCCUGCAGGUGCUAUCCAUUAUUCUUGUUUUUGUUUUCUGUGUAGCUGCUCUUCUGACUUUGCAUUUCAAGAGAAAAGCAGUGGUCCUCCUAGCGCUGUUUUACUUGUUUCCUACGCUGAUGAUUCUGAGAUGGACUAUGAAAUUUCAUGAUAACACACUCACGUCAUUGAGUAUUGGCAGUACUACAAUGAUACAAAUCAUUUAUGCACUUAUCGGAAGUUCUACUGUGGGGAUUCUUGUUGCCACACCAUGGUUGAUGCCUUUCCGGAAUCUUGAAGCCAGUCUAGUUGACUUCAACUUAUCCAGUGACCUGUUAUGCGGGUUUAGAGAUUCUCUUUAUUUGAUUGGCUGGAGUUGUGUAUUCUCAUGGUGUCUACUCCAGAUGCUGCUGCAGCAACCAAUAAAUUCAAUACCUGGGUGUUUAAUCCUGGUCGAAAUCCUUGCCAGCAUCUGCUGUUUUUCUGAUGGGGACGACUACCUAUGUAUCAAACAGUGGGUUAAGGUUGCUGCACUAUACUAUUUGGGAAUGGCAGGGCAUUAUGGACUUGGAAAUACCAACACUCUUGCUACCAUUGAUGUUGCUGGGGCUUUCAUGGGUGUUUCAAGCCACUCGACUAUUAUUUCCGGCAUUUUAAUGUUCAUGAUCACAUAUGCUUCCCCAAUGCUGGCGCUCGUCAGCAUGUUGAUGAAUAUUUCCAGGAGGGAUAUACUGUCAAAUCCCCAAGAUAGUAUUAAUAAUUACGGACGUGUUAUGAAGUCAACCCUUGGCUAUCCUUGUCUGGUUUUGCUCAUCUUGAACUCCAUUAUUCUUCUUGCAUAUGCAAUCAUGCUCCUUAUAAUGCGGAACCAUUUGUUCAUUUGGAGUGUCUUCUCUCCAAAGUAUUUGUAUGUUUGUGCGACCACAGUUUGCGUAUACGUGGGUGUGCUACUCAUAGCCUUGUGUGGAACUUACACAUGCGUAGUUUUCACCAUUCGAACAAGGCUUGCGGCCGCUUGCUGGUUUAACAAAACAACUCCAACUCCAACUGCAAUUCAAGGUUAGUUCUGCAAUAAAUAAUUAUUCAUUUAUUGGUUUUUUUUCAAACAUUGCUUCGUUAAUUAACUGAGCUGAGUUCCAGCAAUACUCGACAUCUUAUAAAGCCAAACCCCGCUGUAUUACUCCAUCGCAUUUGCAAGUUUAACACUUUUGUACUUUGAUUACUUUUUAUUUCAGCUUUUUACUGUAUAGGUUAGGUUUUUCGUAAAAAUAUAUUAUUAUUAUUAGUUUUAUAAGAGUGUCUAAGCUAUUAUUUAAAUCAAAAGCUAAAACUAAAACACAAGGAGACAAAUUGUUGAAUGCU